AUGGCUAGUGGUAACUUCGCCGAUUCACCAGCCUCUGCCGGCAACCGGGGCCAGAUUGUUGACUCUCAAUCUCAAUGGAAAUGUUGCAACUGCGCCCACGGCUUCUUUAACCUCGUCACUGACCCGGUUUGCCCCAACUGCAACGUCCGUCGCUGUCCGAGAUGCGGAGUUUGUUAG